GAUAAAAAUCUGGCGUGUUGUCGAGUCAUCUUCUCCCACAUCUCAUAUAAAUAAAUAUCCACCUGAUUUCUUUUCUUCUCUGCAACGAACCCCUGUAUCUGUUUAAUAAAACGCCAAGGCAUUCUUAAGAUUACUCCUUUUUCUUUUUAAUUAUCAUUUCGCUACCCUCGACGAAUUCUCAAUUCUGCGUCUGUCACGGAUUAGGGGAUUGAUUUGAAGUAGGAAAGAUCAAAACUUGAAGUAAAUAUGGAGAUGGGUUCACAUGAAAAUGAGCAAAAUCAAGACUUUGCCUCUCAGGUUGCGAAUCUUAUGGAGAUUGGAUCUGGGCAUUACGGGUGCUCACAUUAUAGAAGACGAUGCAAGAUUCGAGCACCAUGUUGUGAUGAGAUUUUCGAUUGUAGACAUUGCCACAACGAAGCUAAGGAUUCUCUUCAAAUUGAACAGCUUCAUAGACAUGAUCUUCCUCGACAUGAGGUUUCAAAGGUCAUAUGCUCGCUUUGUGAGACAGAACAAGAUGUCCAGCAAAACUGCUCCAAUUGUGGUGUAUGUAUGGGGAAGUACUUUUGCUCAAAAUGCAAAUUCUUUGACGAUGAUCUUUCCAAGAAGCAAUAUCACUGCGAUGAAUGUGGCAUUUGCAGGACCGGAGGAGAAGAAAACUUUUUCCAUUGCAAAAGAUGUCGAUGUUGCUACUCCAAAGUUAUGGAGGACAAGCACCAAUGUGUCGAAGGUGCUAUGCAUCACAAUUGUCCGGUUUGUUUUGAGUAUCUGUUUGAUUCCACAAGAGAUAUCACGGUCCUUCGAUGUGGUCACACAAUGCAUUUAGAAUGCACAAAAGAUAUGGGGCUGCAUAACCGAUACACAUGCCCUGUUUGCUCCAAAUCCAUAUGUGACAUGUCCAAUUUGUGGAAGAAACUUGAUGAAGAGGUUGCUGCAUACCCAAUGCCAAAACUGUACGAGAAUAAGAUGGUAUGGAUUCUGUGCAAUGACUGUAGCUCAAACACGAACGUUCGGUUUCAUUUGAUCGCGCAUAAAUGCAGUAGCUGCGGUUCCUACAACACUAGACAGACGCAGAGAGGCUCGGAUUCGGAUAGUCACUCUUGCUCUUCUAGAAUGCCUCAGGUUGUUGAUUCAACCGGUUAGUUUAAUACCUGAACCGGAGCUGGUUUGGUGUCUAAAUUUCUCAAGGAAGGCUAUUUGUACUCUCUUAACUAAUAGUAUUCCAGAAGGGCAUUGAGGUUCAUAAACUACUUUGGAUUAUUCAGCUAACACAAUAUAUGUAAAGUUGUGUUGAUUCUUCACACACACAAAAAAAAAUACAUUCUAUUAUCCUGAAGCUACACUCUUACAAGUUACAAGUAUCACUUCUUCUCAAUCAUUCCUCUUUUACAGAACUCCAUACUAUGCUCCACUGUAAAGUUUUUCUUUAAAAACACUGAAAUUAACCUUUAACCAAAAAUAAAUAAAUACAGAUGCGCAUAUUGGGUUAUGAGUGAGUUGUAGUAUUACAGUUUAUUAUAACACUAACCAUUUUCGAAUGAAAAUAUGAUAUGUUUAGAAUUCUUUAA